AUGGAGUCAACGGAUGAGAUCGCCUCCCUCACAUUGCCUCCAGAGAUCCUCGGACUGAUAUUCAGCUUUCUUCGAGAUCGUAAGAAUAUGGUCAACAUUCGUCUCGUCUCCGCUACAUGGAAAGCUGUCGUUGCUCGUCAGAUGUGGACUACUAUUAUCACAGACUUCCGGCCACUAGAAAACCAGGAUCUAGGUGCCUUGUUUCAUCCGAAAUCUGGAAUCUUGCCCUAUGUGCGUCGACUGAUCGUUUGCAAAGUUGACGGUCUAUUUCUCCGCGACCUAGUAACGGGCUUGAGACGUUUCCUUGAGCGCAUACCUCGGGACUCACUCAAGGAGUUCGUAAGCUUGUCACCCCUGAGUCCUGCGAUGCUCAAGGAUCUGAUAGCCUGGCACCGGGACCUGGAACGAUUAGAGGCCUUCAUAGACCCUAUUCUGGAUGAGUUCAAGCAGUGCGACUGGAUGCUCCCGCGUCUAUCUAAGAUCAAGACAUACCAGAUAUGGAUUCAGCGUACGACGGAAAAGCAAUCACUCGAGGUCCAUCGAAUGCUUAUGAACGGCAUGUCAAGCCUGGAGGACCUAGAGAUAUACUACGAGCCUCGCAGAAUCUCACAAGCAUCCCCCAAGCUCUUUGUAGAUAUCAGUUCCAUCUUCGCCACCGGUAUACGUUUGUCGCGGCUCAAUAAUUUAACAUUGUGGGGUGUCGAUAUGCGUCAGAGCUCAUCGCCACUUCUCGAACGUUUCGAGAUAUCAAAGCUUCGUAAGCUGCACUUACUGGACUGUUCCUACGCCUCGAUGUUCACGAACUCGCUCUCGGACUGGUACUCCGAAUAUGGAGGGUUGCUGGAUACCUUCCACUUCCGCUAUCCGUGCCAUUUAUCGGUCGCGGCCCGCAAAGUUGUGAGUGCCUCUUUGAAGCGCUUCAUCAUGGUAUGCCCUUCACUGUCAUAUCUCAUCAUCGAACACCGGGGUAAUCCCGUUGUGCCCGUAGAUUGCAUCAUUAAGCACGGGAAGACUUUGCGAGGUCUAAGGGUGGGGACGGAUGCAUGGCCCGGAAGCCUCGAAAGGUUCGAGUUCCAUGCACCGACAUAUCCCGCACGCGACCUGGAGACCAUUCUCGCGGCUUGUCAGUAUCUCAAGACACUUGGCCUUGAUAUGCCUUUCAACGCCGUCGAUCUGGGUCCUAUCAGCGACCCCAAAAUCUCCUUCGAGCUUGCCAGACAAGCCACGAACGAGGUGCAUGUAUUGCCAGAAUUUGAGGAAUUCUUGUCCAUCAUCGGCAGACAUCCCAACAUACGUACACUCCGGAUACUCACUCUUCCCAAGAUGCGUUAUAAGUACCGGUCUCAGUUUCACCCACUGCUCAUGGGGUAUCCCGACACCCAGGAGAAUGCGAACGGAUGUCAGCGUGCGAUGCACAGGUUUGCUGAUGAAGUGUUCCGCUUCCUGGACAGCUGCAAGAGUACUGUGCAAUUUCUUGAAGCCAAGCCAACUCUUCGGCCUUCAUUGCCAGCGGAGUGGGACGAGAAGGGCCACCAAUGGCCUGACUAUUCGUACAAAGCCAGAAAGACAACCUUCAAUGGGUGCAUAGUAAGCUGGUCGAAGCCAUGCAGGCUACACUAUUCGACCAAGGCAGUGCAAAAUGCGUAA